AUGCUGAGAAUCUGCACCAAGCUCCGCUCUUUAGCGGCUCAAUCAUCUAAUCGAUCUCAACUCUUCCUACCCUCUUCUUCCCGUGGCCUUAUUCUCCCCCCUUCUCCAUUGAUUUCAUGUAAAGGCCAACCACUCCAUUCCGCCGCUGCUUCUACUGCUUGGAGUCUCUGUGGGCAACUCCUCAAUGCGUCAAAAUCUUCACCUAAGUUGCCGUCUCAAUCUGUCUCCUCGCCUUUCUCUUUGGUGGGUGUCCGAGGUGUUUCAUCGAGGGAGCGAAAGAAGAGGAGGAAGCCCAUGACACCCGUCACCUCCAAAGUCAAGAAGAUUAAAAUGAAGGGUUACUCUUCCUUCAAGGACAGGUUUCGUCCCCUGAAUGAUGGGACUAUCCGGAGAUGGCACGAGGGUAAGAGGCACAAUGCACAUCUAAAGUCGAGCAAAGCAAAGCGCAGACUUAGAAAGCCCGCUAUAGUGCCAGCAGCUUAUGCAAAGGUCAUGAAGAAGCUUAAUUUCUGCACAUGA